CCCUCCUCCUCCUUCUCCUCCCCGCACACCCACACACUUUCCCCGUCCCUCCUCCCCGCCACUCCGCAGCAKAGUGCUUUUGCAGCCUGUGCGGCUCCUGAGAAAGGAGGUGUGCGGCUUUUUUUACCUCCUUUUUAUUUUUAAUUUUUUUUUUUUUCCUCCGGAGGGGACCUUUCGGAGGAGCAGCUGCAGCAGCCGCGGCCACGCCGGGACCGAGCAGGGAGGAUGGCCGGGGGGCGCCUCCCGGGGCUGCUCUUCAUCUUGCACGCCGCGGCUCGCCUGGCCGCCGAGCAAGAAGUUGAAAACCUCUCCGGGCUCUCCCCUAACCCCGAGAAGGACAUCUUCGUGGUGCGGGAAAACCGGACGACGUGUCUCAUGGCCGAAUUCGCCGCCAAGUUCAUCGUCCCCUACGACGUGUGGGCCAGCAAUUACGUGGAUCUGAUCACGGAGCAAGCCGAUAUCCCGCUGUCGCGGGGCGCCGAGAUGAAGGGCAAGUGYGGCACGAACGAGUCGGAGCUGGAGYUCUCCUGGCUGGACCAAGCGUACACCCUCAAACUCUCCUUCGUGAAGGAGGGGCACAACACGUCCCGGGGACCGGAGGCGUCCUGGAGGCUCAGCCGGAUCCAGUUCACCUACGACACCUCSGAGCGCACCUACUUCAAGGAUGCCGUCAGCCCCCGGAAGCACACGGCCAGCUCGCACCGCCUCUCGGCCCUGGUCACCCCCGCCGGCCGCUCCUACGAGUGCCAGGCGCAGCAGACCAUCUCCCUCGUCUCCAGCGACCACCAGAAGUCCGUGCAGCUCCUGCUGUCCGAAGUGCGGCUCCAGCCCUUCGACAUCCCGGCGGAUUUUGUCUUCAGUGAAGAACACAAGUGCCCGGUGGACCAGAGGGAGCAGCUGGAAGAAACGCUGCCCCUGAUCCUGGGGCUGAUCCUGGGGCUGGUGAUUGUCAUCACCCUGGGCAUUUACCACGUCCACCUCAAGCUGACGGCCAGCCAGGUGCAGAUCCCUCGCGACAGAUCUCAGUACAAACACAUGGGAUAGGGAGCGGCACCGAGCACUGAGCAGGUAGAAAAAGCAAAAGCACUUUUUUCUGCGGGUGAGGAGGUGUUCUGGGGGGGGCAAGAGAUGGUAUUCACAGCACCUAAUGCUGAGUGUUUCCUGGACAUGCUCAGGCUCAGCUUUAACACAGGCUCUGGAAGCAGACUCGGUGCUGGAGGUGUCUGUAGGUGGUUUGAAUACCUUCUCAAGCAGCUGGGCUGAUCAUCUGGAGACAGAAAUGCUUYGUGUCAGAGUUUCCCACUGGGAGCAAAAUUAGCUUUCUUAUUUAUUGUUUUCCUGUCUCAAGAGACUGUUGCCUCCCCUUGCAUCACCCUUGGAGCAUUCAGCCCUCUCCAUUCCUGUCCAUGCAGGAAGCAGGGCUGGGAGACAGAGCCAUUGCACAGGGUUCAUUCAGGCCCUCUAAUGAAGGGACUCAAACCACAUCCCUAAGUUUGCACUCAUGUUAAGGAAAGCAUGGAGGCAAAUGCAGGUGUGCUUUGAAAAAAAAAAAAAUAAUUCAAGGUCAGUGACUCCAGCGGAGCAGAUCACAGCUGUGGAUAUGACCCCACACUUGGGACUGGGUGAAGAAAGUUUGUUUUUGCUUCUUGAGCCACA